CGGUGACUGCGCUCCCGGGGACACGGGGAUGCUCCGGGGGCUGCCGGUGCGGCUCCGCGCCCGGCCCUGGGCCAGGGUCCCACGGAACCGCCGCGCCGCGAGUGGGGCCGGGCCGGGGGCCGCGGGGUGGGGGCAGCGCUGGGGGCGGGUGCCCCCCGCCCGGCGCCGCUCGGCCCCUCCCCGGCCCCCCCUCGGUCUCCGGCAUCGCUGGGGCAGCGGGGCCGCCGCCUGCCCGGUGCCCCAAGGCGGCGCGGCGAGGCGGCAGCUCCGGUGCUGCCCGUGGGGGCGUCGGGGCCGCUCCCGUCCGGCGGGGACGCGCCACCUUAAGCGGGCGCCGGCGACCGGGGCGGCGGGGCCGGGCGGCAGCUCCGCCAGCCGGGGACCACCGCGGCCCCGCCGCCGCCUCCCGCCCUGCCCCGGCCCCCAUGGGGGGCGAACGGAGACCCCACGGCCGGCGGGCCGCCCGCCCGCCCGACGGCCGCCGCCCCCGCCCCGCCUGAGCCGCCCGGCGCCCCGCCGCCCCCCGCCCCCGCGCCGCCCCCAACGCCCUCCCGCUGCCGCCGUCGAGGCGAGGGACCCCCGCGGAGCCCAGCGGGGGCGGGGGGCGCCGGGGUGCGGGUGCUCACGAUGUUUCCGCAGGGACGGCACCCGCCCGGGCAGCCCUUCAAGUUCUCGGUCCUGGAGAUCUGCGAUCGCAUCAAGGAGGAAUUCCAGUUCCUGCAGGCGCAGUACCACAGCCUGAAGCUGGAAUGUGAGAAGCUGGUGAGCGAGAAGACAGAGAUGCAGAGACAUUAUGUCAUGUACUAUGAGAUGUCCUACGGGCUGAACAUCGAAAUGCACAAGCAGGCAGAGAUUGUCAAGAGGCUGAGUGCCAUCUGCGCCCAGAUCGUGCCCUUCCUGACACAGGAGCACCAGCAGCAGGUCCUGCAGGCUGUGGAGCGUGCCAAGCAGGUGACCAUGGGCGAGCUGAACAGCAUCGUCGGGCAGCAGCAGCUUCAGCACCUCUCCCACCACGCAUCCCCCAUCCCGCUGACACCCCACCCCUCCAGCAUGCAGCAUUCUAGCCUGAGUGGGGCUGCUGGCACCUCGGGGCUCCUGGCGCUCUCAGGGGCAUUGAUGGCGCAGUCCCAGCUGGCCGCCAAGGAGGACAGAGUGGCCCAGGAUGGGGAGAACAGAGAGCACACCCCGAGCCGGGUAAGUGGUCCUGGUGGUCCUGGCUCUGGCAUCUCCAGCGUGUUCCGGAGUGUUUCUGCUUCCCCUCCCGAGAGCCUGCAGGACGAGGAGCGGGCAGGCGGUGCAGGGCUGAAACGAAAGCGGGAGGAGAAGGACCAGCCUGGGCAUUACGACAGCGAUGGGGACAAGAGUGACUACAACCUGGUGGUGGAUGAGGACCCCCCCUCGGAGCCUGGCAGCCCUGGCCGUGCCCCCAGCAGCCGGCUGCUGCUAGCCCGCCGGGAGAUGCCCGGGAGCCCUGCCUCCAUCGCCUCCAGCCGCAGCACAACACCCCUCAAGCCGAAGGACCAGAGCCUGACCGACCCUCCAGCCAGCGCUCCCACCUCCAAGCCCUCCUCUUCCUCACCGCCCUGCGACUCCCUGACACCCGGCCCCGGGCCCAGCUCGGCCACCCUGCUCCAGCAGCCCCCCACCAAGGCGCCCACCACCAACACCAUCAGUGCCCUUCUCCCUUGGGUGCUGCUCGCUCACACCAGCCGGCCAGGGGCCAGCGAGUGGGUCUCUCCUUGCGCAGCUCUCCGCAGCCCGCUGAGCAUGUCCAGCCCCUACACGUCCUCCUUCGGGAUGGUGCCUCACGCUACCCUCAACGGGGACCUCCAGCCCCCCAGCAUGUACAUGGGCAUCCACCUCUCACCGCAGGUCAGCAGCGCUGUGAUGUACGGCCAGUCCCCCAUGGUGGCUUUUGAGUCGCACCCUCACCUGAGGGCUUCGACCAUCUCUUCUUCGCUCUCAACCAUCCCCGGAGGGAAACCCGCCUACUCCUUCCACGUCAGCGCUGACGGGCAGAUGCAGCCAGUGCCUUUCCCACCCGACGCCCUCAUCGGCUCUGGCAUUCCCCGCCACGCGCGGCAGCUGCACACCCUGACCCACGGCGAGGUGGUCUGCGCCGUCACCAUCAGCAACUCCACGCGACACGUCUACACCGGGGGCAAGGGCUGCGUGAAGGUGUGGGACGUGGGGCAGCCGGGCACCAAGACGGCCGUGGCUCAGCUGGACUGCUUGAACCGAGACAACUACAUCCGCUCCUGCAAGCUGCUGCCCGAUGGCCGGAGCCUGAUCGUGGGGGGGGAGGCCAGCACCCUCUCCAUCUGGGACCUGGCGGCCCCCACGCCCCGCAUCAAGGCCGAGCUCACCUCCUCCGCCCCCGCCUGCUACGCCCUGGCCAUCAGCCCCGAUGCCAAAGUCUGCUUCUCCUGCUGCAGCGACGGCAACAUCGUGGUGUGGGACCUGCAGAACCAGACCAUGGUGAGGCAGUUUCAGGGCCACACAGACGGUGCCAGCUGCAUCGACAUCUCCAACGAUGGCACCAAGCUGUGGACGGGGGGGCUGGACAACACGGUGCGGUGCUGGGACCUGCGGGAGGGGUGUCAGCUGCAGCAGCAUGACUUCAGCUCCCAGAUCUUCUCCCUGGGUUACUGCCCGACGGGAGAGUGGCUGGCGGUGGGGAUGGAGAGCAGCAACGUGGAGAUCCUGCACGUCACCAAACCGGACAAGUACCAGCUGCACCUCCACGAGAGCUGCGUCCUCUCCCUCAAAUUCGCCUCCUGCGGGAAGUGGUUCGUGAGCACGGGGAAGGACAACCUGCUCAACGCCUGGCGGACGCCCUACGGAGCCAGCAUCUUCCAGUCUAAAGAGUCCUCGUCGGUGCUGAGCUGUGACAUCUCCAUCAAUGACAAAUUCAUCGUUACGGGCUCUGGUGACAAGAAGGCCACAGUGUACGAGGUGGUGUACUGAGGCCCUAGCCGUCCCCGUCCCUCCUCCAUCAGGGAAGGACACCCAAGGCUCCUGGAGCUGGACCAGCCCCCCCACACAGCCCUCCUCUCCCUCCUGCUCUCCUUCCAGCUGUCAAAACAACCCUGGGCCACCGGUUCCUGCCCGACACGGGGCAGAGGUGAAGGGGAGAGCAGGGGGGGUGUUUGCUGUGGACAGCCCCCACCCCCGCCCCCCACCCCCAGCCCUGGGCAGGGGCUGCUCUGGGCUCCGACCACCUGCCCAGCAAGGCUGGAGGGGUGUUGGGGGGCAACGCAAGGCCAAGAGCGCCUGAGAUGUUGUCCCUCCUGAAAUCCUGCUACUGAUGUAAUAGCGCCCAUUUUCUGCUGAAAAACAGCUGUAAAUUAUCAGUAAAGAAAUGUAUUUAACUGUG